GAAGCUUUGUCUCCGAAAUAGUUGCCCUUGGAUUCGUGGAAGAUCCCAACAGCGGACAGCGGACCGCGCUCGAGCCAGACAUCCCUCAGUUGCCUUCCCACUGAAGUGACUUAUCGAUUGUGUCUCAUUGUUGCCGACUAAGAGGGCUGUGGGAAGUCUUCAGAUCUCCCCCUCUCACUAUAUCUCUUGAGACGCAUCCCUGUUUCGUUGGUAUUGCUUUGCCUUUUGAUAUUUGUGGACGAGCUGUCCAGCAUAGACGCAAUGGAGCCCAUGUUACCAGAAGCCGGCGAAGCAGCCCUAUUGAGUUCAUAUGCACCCCAGGCCUCGGGCUCUAUGGGAGUAGAUCCGGAUCCAAUUACUGGCCUUGUAUCUACUUCUGCGGCGCCGUUAGUCAGAGUGGAAGAAGCACCUAAAUUCGAGCUGGAAUCCUACAUCGCAAAUUAUACCGGCCGGACUCGGUUCAAUCGAUUAUACCUUAUCGGGACCUGCUCCUCGUACCUUGCUGUUGAUGCCCUCAAAGCUGCAAUUGCGGAGGCCAAGUCUGGUAAAGACGUUGCUCGGUACCUGCGCGCAGUUCAAGCACUUGCGGAUGUUGCACCAAAUGAGCCCGAGGCUACCAUUGACUCGGACUGGGUGGAAAGGUCACAGAAGGUUGUCAAAGCCGAGACGGACCGAUUAGAGCAUGAGCUUAGGGGAUAUAAAAAUAACUUGAUUAAAGAGAGUAUCCGGAUGGGAAAUGAGGAGCUCGGCCAGCAUUACCAUCGGAUCGGCGACCUGACUUCUGCAUUCAAGGCUUAUUCCCGUAUGAGAGACUUCUGCACAACCCCCAGUCACAUCGCGUCGAUGUUGUUCAAGAUCAUAAAUGUGGCGAUUGAGCGCGGGGACUGGCUGAACGUACAAUCCAAUGUGCAUCGGCUCCGGAGUCAGGGGGGGAAGCCGGAAGAACAAGCCAAACACCAGCCUAAGAUUUCAGCAGCCAUGGGGCUAUCACAGCUACAUUCCGGGUCAUACUUAGAAGCCGCAAACAGCUUCAUUGCGACGGACCCCAGCUUAGGGGACACGUUUAAUGAAGUUCUGACCUCGAACGACGUCGCGGUAUACGGCGGUCUCUGUGCCCUAGCCUCCAUGGACCGCAACGAGCUUCAGCGCCGUGUCCUGGACAAUAGUUCGUUCCGCAACUUCCUAGAGUUGGAGCCUCACAUCCGCCGCGCUAUUUCAUUCUUUUGCAACUCCAAAUUCCGACCAUGUCUCGAAAUCCUCGAAGCAUACCGAGCUGACUACCUGCUCGACAUCCACCUCCAGCGCCAUGUUCAAGUUCUAUACAACCGAAUCCGAACAAAGUCUAUUCAACAAUAUCUUAUUCCCUUCAACCGUGUCUCACUCGAAUCUAUGGCCAAGAUCUUCGUUCUCGGAAACCCCACAAGCCAGUCCAGUCAAAGCGACUCAAAGUCAGCCUUUGUCCAGGAAUUGAUCAGCCUCAUCCAAGACGGCACGUUGGACGCUCGUAUCGACCUUGAGAAGCAUGUCCUCGUUUCCACCCAAGGCGAUAAGCGCAUAGAAGUGCAAGAAGCAGUCCUCGACAGUCUAGAUAACUACGUUAGGGAAGCACAUCUUCGGCUGCUACGGUCGAAUAUUAUCCGUGCUGGUUUAGAGGUGCGUCCGUUAGGAGAAGACCGCCGUACGAAACUGGAGGAGAGAGGGAAGAAGGGCCAUAGUGCUAUUGGGAACUUGCUCCGGGCGACGGGGAUGAAGCAAUAA